AUGUCGAUCAGAAAACUAUCAUUUGAUGGAUGGCGAGCAACUUUAAAUCCUGAAGAACUUACCCUCUUGUUCCUCCUAAAGUUUCGUCGGACGAAGGGUGACUUUACCUACAACAGUCAUGAAGAACAUUUUGCGAUAUCAAAAUUUCUGGAAGAAAUUAUUAAAUCUGACACUGACCAGAGAUGGGUUGAUGUGGCCAAAAAUAUUUCAGUAAAAAAGUCGGGCUACGCGUCGAUGCAACCACCAAGCGACCUGGAUACGCCUUGGGUUAGUUAUGGAGUACGUCUCCGGUGGGCUUCUAAGUUAAGUUUAAAGUCGGACUGUAUGUCGAUGCAACCACCAAGCGACCUGGGUACACCUCAGAAUCAAGCACAAGCGGAAGAUGUCAAAACAUUCUGGAUGAAUAUCGACCUGGAAAUGACGCAAAGCAUUCUUGAGCAAAAAAAAGCAGAACUAGAGCUGAAUAUAGAACUGUCCAAGGCAU